AUGACUAAUCGUUACUCUAGGACUUUUCUUUCUCUCUCUCUCUCUCUCUCUCUCUCUCUUUCUCUAGAAUCUCUCUCUCCUCUCUCUCUCUCACUCUCCCCUCUCCCACCUCUCUCUCUCACUCUCUCUCUCCCAUCUCUCUCACUCUCACACUCCCCUCUCUCUCUCAACUCUCUCUCUACUCUCCUCUCUCUCCUCUCUCCCUCUCCAUCUCCUCUCCUCUCUCCAUCUCUCUCUCCUCUCUCUCUCUCCCUCUCUCUCUCUCUCUCCUCUCUCCUCUCUCCCCUCCCUCUCUCUCUCUUAUCUCUCUCUCUCCCCUCUCUCUCUCUCUCCCCUCCCCUCUCUCUCUCUCCUCUCUCCCCUCUCUCUCUCUCUCUCUCCUUCUCUCCUCUCUCUCUCCUUCUCUCCCUUUCUCUCUCUCCCUCUCUCUCUCCCCUCUCUCUCUCUCUCCCUCUCUCUCACUCUCUCUCCCCUUUCUCUCCCCUCCCCCUCUCUCUCCCCUCCUCUCUCUCUCCCCCUCUCUCUCUCUUUCUCUCUCUCUCUUUCCCCAGCUGUGGAAAUAAUAAUUUGGUACCAGACCGCGAACCAUUUUGUAUCGGGCCGCGGAUCGUCAUUUUUGGAUUUUGCUACCGGGUCGCUAAUCCAAUUUGGUACCGGACCGGAACCAUUUUGUAUCGGGCCGCGGAUCAUUUGCUACCGGGCUUUGGACCAUUCUCUAAAGGUCUUUCCUUUUGGUAUCAGACCGCGAACCAUUUUGUAUCGGGCCGCGGAUCAUUUUAUACCGCGCCGGUAUUUUGCUACCGGGUCGCUAAUAAUUUGGUACCAGAUCGCGAACCAUUUUAUAUCGGGCCGCGGAUCAUUUGCUACCGGACUUUUGGACCAUUUAAACCGGCAUUCUUCAAUUUUUGGUACCAGACCGCGAACCAUUUUGUAUCGGGCCGCGGAUCAUUUUCUACCGGGCUGUGGACCAUUUGCUACCGGGUCGCUAAUAAUUUGGUACCAGACCGCGAACCAUUUUGUAUCGGGCCGCGGAUCAUUUUCUACCGGGCUGUAGACCAUUUGCUACCGGGUCGCUAA